CCACUCUGCCUCUGCUCUCCUGUUUCAGCCAGUCUGUCUGCCCUCCAGCGUAGUACUCUCCUUUCACUCACCGCUAUUCAUCACCAUCUAGGAUACAUAUACGCAAACCCACGCAGGUAGACGAGAGCACCGUCAUAGUGUGCUGAAGAGUUUCCCUCAGCAUAGAGAUAUAAAUGCAUGUUACCUUGGAACACACAUAGAAAGUGUGGCUGGAGUUUCUUCCCCACUACGUUUUUUAUCCCAAAGGACACCGCACACAGCUGCACAGGCUGGCAGCUCCAACUGUAGCAAACACAAGUCGAUGACUGAGAACUCCGCCUCCCACGAUGGACAAGAAAAGUGCCAACGGCUUUCAGACCAAGGCUAGUGAGGGCGGUGUUCAGAGGAAGCAGUUGCCCUACUCAGUGGAGACUCCCUAUGGCUUCCAUCUGGACCUGGACUUCCUCAAGUAUGUUGAUGAUAUCGAAAAGGGCAACACCAUCAAAAGGGUCCACAUCCAGCGCAGGGUCAAGGGCCCACCCAAAUUUAGCACACUACCAAGAAAUUUCAGUCUCCCCGGGCAUGGAGCCAGACCUGCCUCCAAGGAAAAGGAUAGCACAUGGUCUGGGACAUCCACCUUGGGGCCAAAGCCUAAAUCACGAGUGACAGAGGUCCAACAAAUCUUUGACUUCAGAGCAAAUGAAGGGGGGACUUCCAUCCAGAGCAACAGGGGGACAACCAGUCUGGGAAGUGGUUAUGUUGCAGCUAAGCCCAGGGAUGAAACAGGCAUUGGGGCUCGAGGUGUUGAAGAGAAAACUGUGGGGAUUCAAAGUCGGCCAAACCUGCUCCGAGCAUCAAGCAUGCCGGUCACUCUACAGCAGCGGAAAGGCUCUGAUUCAAGCAGUCCGGAUCGUAUUGUGGGAACACCAGAGAACGGCUCAACAGAAAACAUGUUCCGUGCUUCACCGGAUGUAACCGAGAGACGCGUACCCCAGGAUCGAACAGGGCUUCACCAGCAGAUCACAGUGGCACUGAAGCGAGUCAGGGAGCUCGAAGAACAAGUUAAAACCAUCCCGGAGCUUAAGGCUCAGAUCUGCUCACUGAGGGAGGAAAGGGAGCGGCUAUUGUUAGAGCUCCAAGCCCAGACUAAAGCACAGAUUUCCACAUCACUCUCUACAACAGCCACUGAUGCUGGGUCACAUACUCAGCCAGUAGCACACAGAUCCUCAGAAGGGCUCAGUUUAGCUCCGACGAUUCAACCUGCUGGAGUGACAGAGAAAAGCAGAGUUUUACAAAAAGAGGAGAGGGCCUCAGCACAUGGAAAAAUGGGCGAGUUGUCAGCACAAGAAUCAGAGAGACUAUCACAGCUGUCAGAAAAAUCAGACAAACCAAAAGAAGCAAUAGAGAGUCCACUGGAGCAUGCAGCACACAAGCUAUCACAGGACAUAGCAGGGCAGGAAUUAACAUCAUGUAGAGAAGCUAUUAAAGACGCAGGGACAAGCAGCAGUCAAGCUGCGGAAAUACUAAGAAAACCUGAGGAACCAGACAGUGUGCAGACGCUGCAGGAGAAGCUAAUGAUACUAGAGGAUAAACUAACUCAGGCCAGCCAAGAGCUGGAGAAAACGAAUAGUCUUUUAAAAGAACAAAUAGAGGACAACAUGGUAAAAGAGGAGAAAAUUCUACAACUGAGUGAGGGAGUGAGAGUGGAGAUUUGUACUCCAGAAGCACACAGCAGGUCAAGAAGAGAGAGCAUCGACACAGGAACGGUGACAGAGAGAAUAGAUUUUGCGAACCAAGAGACGGAGACAGAAUCAGUUGGUACAGUAGAUCAGGGUACAGAUACUGAUAAAAUCUGUGUUGAAGUAUGCGUACCAAAAGCAAGUAUUGAUCAAGUAACGGCCACUCAGGUCGAAAAACAAGACCAGGUCACAGAGAUGGAGGCAGAGGUAUCUGCAACGAGCCCACCAAGACCCAGAGCCAACAGCAUGGAACGGGGCACGGUUACUGAGAGGAUCGCCACUCAAGACCAGACGACUGAGACGCCAGUGGCUGAGAGGGUUAACCAAGUCACAGAGACAGAGAGAGAGACAGUGACAGACCAUCCACAGAGACCGAGAGCCAGAAGUGCAGAUCGAGGGACAGAGACAGAGAGGGUGGACACUGUAGACAGGGUUACAGAGACAGAGGUAGCACAGAGGACCGACCAGGUGACAGAGACAGAGACAGAGACAGAAAGACGACCAGAGAACAAUCCAGCCAGAGGUGCAGAAGCAGAGAGUCCAGGAAUAGAAAGCACAAGCAGUGAAAGAGUAGAGGAAGUUGACACUGUGGUCAGUGAAAACAUGGAUGACCAGGAAGAAAACAGAAGAAUUCAAAGAGUUAGUGAAAGUGUGGUAAUGCAAGCCAUCACAGAGACUUCAGUUGCUGUUCAAGAAAGCGCAGUUGAACAGAUUAUAGCUUCGGACAUUGUCAGCCAGAAUGAAGAGCGUACCAGUCUAACUGCUUCAACAGAAGAAGGUAAAGAAUCUACGACUGAAACAAGUAUGACUGCACAGAAAGACUCAGUAACUGAAGACAUUACAGAAACAAAGAGUGUAGUGACAGAAACUGUUGAAACGAAGCAGAUCGCCAUGGAGAGUAAAGAGAAGAAAGAAACCGGAGAGGAUGAGAUUGUGUGUGUGACAGUCAAGGACACUGUGGUCACUGACAUGGUCGUAACGGCAGCAGAGGAUGCAGCUGUGAAGACAGUAGCUCCUGUCAGACCUCAGCGAGGCCGGAAGUCCUCAGCAGAGCAGGCACAGCCGACACCUCCUCAAGCUCAGGCUGCACCUGUGCGUCCUCGCAGAGGAUCCAGCGAAGUUCAAGCCAAGCAGCCCCAGACAAAGCCCCAGCCCCAGGCACAAGUACAGGAUGUACCUCAACUUGAGGCUCAAUCUUCAACACAGCUCUCAGAACAGCAGGUAAAAGAUAAAGCCAUGUCUGUGUCUAAGGUUGAGGACAAGGGCCAAGCAAAGAGGCCUUCUGAAGAGUCUGCCGAGGAAAAACCUCCAUCAAAACCUCAGGCUGACACUCGGGGUCCGUCUCCUGGCUCCAGUGGAGUCCAAACUCGUCCAAAAUCAAUUCAGGCCCAGUCUCACUCUCAAACCUCUGCAGCUAGACGGGGCUCAAAAGAGCUCAAAGCACAACAGAGGGGGUCCAGUGUGUCACAGCCUCCAAGUCGUGGAUCAGAAGCCCAAACCCGCGUGACUCGUCAGGGGUCAAGCGAUUUGCAAAGUCAGUCUCAGGGCUCCCGUAAAGGUUCCAGUGAGACUCAGCCGGCCUCUCACAAAGAUGCCGGUGAGACACAAUCCCUCCGCAGAGGCUCCAGUGAAACAGCUCAGCGACGUGGUUCAACCGAAGCCCAGGCCUCUCGUCGGGACUCCGGUGAGGCCCAACCUCCUCGCAGAGGAUCGAGCGAGUCUCCGACCUCGCCCGCGGCUUUGGGCCAAGUCGUGACCCGGUUAACAGGGCUUCUGGGGGAGCAGUGGGCACAACUGGGGAGCAGCUCUGGAGCUCAACAGACAGCCAGCCAGCAGGAGAGCCCGAGCACACAGAAACAGACAGCAGGGAAAAGAGCAGAGGCAGGAAAAGGAGCAGCAGCCAAGCCUGCGGGGAAAGCAGUCCCUGCAGCAACAACGGGGAAAUCAACAGGGAAACCGGGAGGGAAACCAGCGGGGAAACCCGGUCCUUCCAAAAUGAGCUCCAUUCAGAGUCAACUGGUCAGCUCCCUCAGUGUCCUCUCUGCCUUCUACUCACCAGCACAGAAAGCUGCUGCAGCCAACAAACAGCAAGAACAAGGUCUCAAAUCUAUCAUGAAGAAAAAUGGAGUCGCUGACAAGCAGGGCAACAAGGGAGCCAAGAAAAACCUGAAGUUUGUUGGAGUGAAUGGAGGCUAUGAGACGACAUCCAGCGAAGAGUCCAGUGGAGACGAGAAGUCGAAGGUGGAAGUGGAGGUGGAGGAGGAGGAAGACAGCUCAGAGCCAGAGGUAGAGAAGGAGAAAGAGAAGGAGAAAGAAAAGAAGAAUGAGAAAGAGAAGGAGCCAGAAACAGCAGAGAAGCCUGGGGAGGUGGCAGAGACCCAGGGAAAGGAGGCAGAGGUCCAAGCUGAGGGAGGAGGUGCUGUGGCUGGAGAGGAGCAGAGUGAAAGAGGCCUGAUGGAUCCACAGAGCAGCCAGGAGCUCCAGGAGGAACUGGCUGAGCGGGAGAAAGUUGACAAAGGGUUUAUAGAUGCUUGCAUCUACGUGAAGGAUCGUAUGGAAGAGGUUUCAUCGCCAGAUAAAGAGAUGCGUCAGGUCUUAGUGGUGCUCUACCAGGAGUGGUUCAAGGUCUCCAGUCAGAAAGACUCACAGGCCGACACCGUCAGAUUGUACCUGCGACAGGUGGGCUUGACCACGCCCACUCUUCUGCCGUACGUUGUUAACUUGACAGAUGGGAACGGGAACAUGGCGCUGCACUACAGCGUGUCACACUCCAACUUCCCUGUGGUCGAGCUGCUGCUGGACACAGGUCUAUGUGAAACCAAUAAUGUGAAUAAGGCCGGCUAUACUCCGGUGAUGCUCGCUGCGCUAACAGCUGCUGAGACCCCUGAUGAUCUGGAGGUGGCACAACAACUGCUGAGACUGGGGGAUGUCAACGCUCGCUCCAGACAGGCGGGCCAGACGGCACUUAUGCUCGCAGUGAGCCACGGUCGCGUUGCCAUGGUGAAGCUGCUCCUGAGCUCGGGUGCGGAUGCAAAUGCCCAGGACCGCGAGGGAUCCACAGCCCUGAUGUGCGCGAGCGAACACGGACACACGCACAUCGCUCGUCUGCUGCUGGAGACGGGUCGCUGUGACGCCAGCCUCGUAGAUAAGAAUGGUCAGACGGCUCUGUCAGUGGCAGAAUCCGCCUCCCACCAAGAAAUAGUUGACCUUCUGAAGGCCCACCCUGAGAGCCAAGCCUCGGAGCCCCCGGCUACCACAGACCUCCUCUGAGCCAGGCCGACCCCGUUUACUCUUCCCGCACCACACCACACUUCAAGAACCUCUGCAACACCAACAUAGAGCGAAACAACUGAGAUAAAGACACACAGGACACACUCUGCCUCGUGUACUGUGGAAUUAUGGGAGCUCAUGUGUAAACCUCUGCGACAGGAGUGUCCUGCAACGUACAGCCACACAUUUCUUCCAAUAUGCUGCAUCAACCACUCAGUGGACAGACAUA